UUCAAAGAAUGUGCGCACCGCCCAGCGCCGCCUGUCGUCAGUUCUCAUUGGCUAAGAACAGGACUUUACGACCGCGGGAUAUUCCUUAAACUCAAGCCCGGGCUGCCAUGGAGCGGCUUGCGACCGUUCGCGCGCGGCUGCAGGAGUGGGAACGCGCUUUUGUACGGCUGCACGGGCGACGGCCAGCAAAGGAGGAUGUGGAGGCGGCACCUGAGGAGACCCGCGCGCUCUACCGUGAGUACCGUAACCUAAAGCAGGCAGUGCGUCAGCCCGACGACGGACACCGCGUCCAAGAGCAAUCACUUGCCAAGGCAGCUGAGGAGGAACAGGAGCCAAGCUGCUGGGGUUCCCACCUGAACCGAGCUGCAACCCAGAACACACAGUCUAUUCCAAAGCAGAGCCCACUGCGUUCUGUACAAGACUAUGGGAAGAGGCUCAAAGCCAAUCUUAAAAACACACUACAGGCCGGACCAACCCUGAGUCGAAAACUCCAGCAUCAGAAGAGAUCGUUGUCCAUAGUGCCCACACCAAGGCCACCAGGCCCAAAGACUGAAUCCCCCUGUCCAGAACAAGCUAAUGAUGCUCUUCCCCAGGUUCCUGUGCCCCAGCCAAGGCAAGGCCAACUCCAGAAGCUCCAGUCAUCCCUGAGCCUGAGGUUGAGUUCCCUAGACCCUGGUUGGUUAGAGAGGUGUCAAAACAGAGUUUCAGAUCCUCUAGAGGUUCCAGGUGCCUGUGGGCUUGACCUGAGUGCAAAGGAGUCACAACCUCAGAUGUCAGGCAAGGUGAAUGUCAUUGGUCCUGACAUCCAUUCAGAAGUAUCUUCACAGAGCCCACAGGCCCUAGUCCAACAGCCAGCCCAAGUUUUGUCACAGAGCCCCAAAUCCAGCAACAGUAAAGACAGGAAGCGGAAACGGAAUGAGAAGGGGGAGGACUUUGCACAAGCCCAGCCCAGCAGCCAAGUAGGACCCCUGUCUGAGGGAACUGGGGCUACAGCACAUGGGCAAGGCCCUCCAGGAGAACCCACACAAGUGACUGUCCCUCAGCGCCGCUGCUCUUCAAACCAGGCCAGGACAGAGAAGGCUAAGAGUGCGGCCCACCUCCCCAUGUCCCCUCGGCCGGCUUCCCUAGACAGAGGGAACUAUGUUCGACUUAACAUGAAAACCAAAUGCUUUGUACGAGUUGGGGCCAGUCGGGGCAGGCUUCUCCGAAAGCAGGUAUGGAAGCAAAAGUGGAAAAAGAAACAAGAGUGGUUUGGGAAAAGUGGACCCAGGGCCGCAGUCAAGGACACUUGUUUCCGGUGUGGGCAGUUUGGUCACUGGGCAUCCCAGUGUUCCCAACCAGGCUCCACCCUGACCAUCCAGCCAAAAGGUGACAGGAAUGACAAACAUCCCAUUUCCACCUUGGGGGAAGUAGCACAGAAGACUGGCACCACUUCCUGUAAGCACUCUGGUGAGGAAACUGAACCUGCUGGACCAGUGCUACCGGUGCCUCAUUGCCCCACACCAGUGUUACCCCUCUACCCACCAGGGCCCUUGGGACAGGUAGCAGACACCCCUGCUGAGGUAUUCCAAGUCCUGGAGCAGCUAGGGCACCAAACCUUCCGCCCUGGGCAAGAGCGUGCUGUCAUGCGGAUUCUUUCUGGCAUCUCCACACUGUUAGUGUUGCCCACGGGUGCUGGCAAGUCUCUGUGCUACCAGCUUCCUGCACUGCUCUAUGCCAAGCGAAGCCCCUGUCUCACACUGGUCGUCUCUCCUCUCCUGUCACUCAUGGAUGACCAGGUGUCUGAUCUGCCUUCAUGUCUGAAGGCGGCCUGCCUCCACUCAGGAAUGACCCAGAAACAACGAGAAUCUGUCUUGAAGAAGGUACGGGCAGCCCAGGUGCAUGUGCUGAUUGUGUCCCCAGAGGCCUUGGUGGGAUGCGGGGCUAAGGGUCCUGCCAACCUCCCCCCGGCCGCUCAGCUGCCUCCAGUCGCCUUCGCCUGCAUUGAUGAGGUCCACUGCCUCUCUCAGUGGUCACAUAACUUCCGGCCCUGCUACUUACGUGUUUGUAAAGUGCUUCGCGAGCAUAUGGGUGUGCGCUGCUUCUUGGGCCUCACAGCCACAGCCACACGAAGCACUGCUCGUGAUGUGGCCCAGCACCUGGGCAUAGCUGAAGAGCUUGAGGUCAGUGGGUCAGCCAGCAUCCCUGCCAAUCUGCACCUCUCCGUGUCCAUGGAUCGAGACUCAGACCAGGCUCUGGUGACACUGCUACAAGGUGACCGCUUCCGUACCCUGGAUUCGAUUAUCAUUUACUGUGCUCGACGAAAGGACACAGAGCGGGUGGCUGCCCUCCUCCGGACCUGCCUGUCCACAAUGAGAGAUUCAAAGCCAAGAGGCCGUGGCCCUGAGACUUUAGCGGAAGCAUACCAUGCUGGCAUGUGUAGCCAGGAACGGAAACGAGUACAACAGGCCUUCAUGCAGGGCCACCUGCGCAUGGUAGUGGCCACAGUGGCAUUUGGGAUGGGACUGGACCGUCCAGAUGUCCGGGCUGUGCUACACCUGGGACUGCCUCCAAGCUUCGAGAGCUACGUGCAAGCUAUUGGCCGUGCAGGACGUGAUGGGAAGCCUGCCCAUUGCCACCUGUUCCUGCAUCCUCAGGGUGAAGACCUCUGGGAACUGAGCAGACAUGUCCAUGCUGAUAGCACUGACUUCCUGGCUGUGAAGAAGCUGGUGCAGCGUGUGUUCCCAGCCUGCUCAUGCGCCCAGAGGCCUAUGUCCCCACUUGAGGAAGUCAAAGAGCACAGUGGCCAACAAACAUACCCUGUACUGGGACUGGCCUGCCUGGGCCAUAAGCGGGCACUCCCAGUGCAGUCUACAGUACUGGCUCUGGACAUGAAAGAGGAGGCCAUUGAGACUUUGCUGUGCUAUUUGGAACUACACCCUCGGCACUGGUUGGAGCUGCUGCCAUACACCUAUGCCCACUGCCAUCUGCGUUGCCCUGGGGGCAGUGCCCAUCUGCAAGCUCUGGCCCACAGGUGUCCCCCUUUGGCUGCAUGCUGGGCCAAGUGGCCACCUAAAGACACAAGUCAGGGUAGCAGCGCCUUAGAGUUUGAUGUGGUGGAACUGGCAGACUCCAUGGGCUGGGAGUUGGCCUCUGUACGGCAGGCUCUCCACCAGCUGAAGUGGGACCCAGAGCCAAAGAAAGGUGCACCACAGGGCACAGGAGUGCUUGUGGAGUUCAGCGAGUUGGCCUUUCACCUGCACAGUCGUGGGGACCUGACAGAUGAGGAGAAGGACCAGAUCUGUGACUUUCUGUACAGCCGUGUGCAGGCUCGUGAACACAAGGCCCUGGCCCACCUACACCGAAUGUCCAAGGCCUUUCAAAGUGUGGCAUUUCCCAGCUGUGGACCCUGUUUAGAGCAGUCUGACGAGGGGCACAGCAAUCGGGUGAAGACCCUGGUCAGCUACUACUUUGAGGAGGAGGAGGAGGAGGAGGAGGAAGAAACUAUGAAGGAUCCUCAGGAUCCAAAACCUGGGCAGACCCAGCUUCAGGAUUGGGAGGACCAAGUUCGCCGCGAUGUCCACCAGCUCCUGUCCCUGAGGCCAGAAGAAAAGUUUUCAGGAAGGGCUGUGGCCCGCAUCUUCCAUGGAAUUGCAAGUCCAUGCUACCCAGCCCAGGUGUUUGGGCAGGACCGGCGCUUCUGGAGAAAGUACCUACACCUGGACUUCCACGCCCUCAUGCACCUAGCCACAGAGGAGCUCCUGCUCAGAGGCCGAUGACCACCGAACAUGGGAGGGGCUACAUGAGGGGGCAUGGGGCAAGCCAGACUGUGCCACUCCAAGAGGGUGUCAGGCUCACGAAGGCAAUGAUGUGGCCAUCACUGACUGUCAGGCAGAACCUUCUGGCUGCAGGAAGGGGAUAAGAAGAUCCAAAAUACAGAUAAAGAGCAUUCAGUAA